UACAGGGUUGGGGGUGUUUGCUUCAUGCCUCCUCUCCUCUCCCCACAGCUCACUCGGGGGCCAUGGGCGCAGCUGGGAGCCAGCACCUCCAGGAGGCCAGCCUGGCGGCCACCCCGGACAGAAGCAUCGUCAUGAGCUUCAGCUUUGACAGCUAUCCACUGGAGGAGGAGGUGGCCACUGCAGGGACCAGGCAGGGCCGGGGGGACCGAGGCAGGGGGGGCCCGCCCUUCAUGGACCCUGCGGUGGAGGAACCGGCGCCCGACGACCGCUACCAUGCCAUCUAUUUCGCGAUGCUGCUGGCCGGCGUGGGCUUCCUGCUGCCCUAUAACAGCUUCAUCACGGACGUGGACUACCUGCACCACAAGUACCCAGGGACCUCCAUCGUGUUUGACAUGAGCCUCACCUACAUCCUGGUGGCCCUGGUGGCCGUACUCCUGAACAAUGUGCUGGUGGAGAGGUUGAGCCUGCACACCAGGAUCACCGCAGGCUACCUCCUCGCCCUCGGCCCCCUGCUCUUCAUCAGCAUCUGUGACGUGUGGCUGCAGCUCUUCUCCCACGACCAGGCUUACGCCAUCAACCUGGCCGCCGUGGGCACCGUGGCCUUUGGCUGCACAGUGCAGCAAUCCAGCUUCUACGGGUACACGGGGAUGCUGCCCAAGAGGUAUACGCAGGGGGUGAUGACCGGGGAGAGCACGGCGGGCGUGAUGGUGUCCCUGAGCCGCAUCCUGACCAAGCUGCUGCUGCGGGGCGAGCGGGCCAGCACGCUCAUCUUCUUCCUGGUCUCCGUGGGCCUCGAGCUGCUCUGCUUCCUGCUGCACCUGCUGGUGCGCCGCAGCCGCUUCGUGCUCUACCACACCUCCCGGCCCCGCGCCCACCACGACCGCGACGCCCUCACGCUCACGCUCACGGGAGACGGCCCCUUCGAGCACCAGGCCCCAGUCCUGGCUAGCAACGCAUCCCCUAAGGACAGCCCAUCACAUGAGGUGACCAGUGGUGGGGGUGGAACCUACAUGAGGUUUGACGUGCCUCGGGCCAGGGUCAAGCGGAGCUGGCCCACCUUCAGAGCCCUGCUGCUGCACCGCUACGUGGUGGCGCGGCUCAUCUGGGCCGACAUGCUCUCCAUCGCUGUCACCUACUUCAUCACGCUGUGCCUGUUCCCCGGGCUGGAGUCCGAGAUCCGGCACUGUGUCCUGGGCGAGUGGCUGCCCAUCCUCAUCAUGGCCGUGUUCAACCUCUCGGACUUCGUGGGCAAGAUCCUGGCGGCCCUGCCUGUGGACUGGCGGGGCACCCACCUGCUCCUCUGCUCCUGUCUCCGGGUGACCUUCAUCCCCCUCUUCAUCCUGUGCGUCUACCCCAGCGGGGCGCCCGCCCUCCGCCACCCCGCCUGGCCCUGCAUCUUCUCCCUGCUCCUGGGCAUCAGUAAUGGCUACUUCGGCAGUGUGCCCAUGAUCCUGGCGGCCGGCAAAGUGGGCCCCAAGCAGAGGGAGCUGGCAGGGAACACGAUGACCGUGUCCUACAUGACCGGGCUGACCCUGGGCUCCGCAGUGGCCUACUGCACCUAUAGCCUCACACGGGAUGCUCCCAGCAGCUGCUUCCGCACGGACACCACCAACGGCUCCCUUCCCGACAGCCUGUGAGCAGCUGGGCCUGGACUCCACCCCCUCCGGAGCCAAGGGCCCCUCCUGACCCCGCCUGCAGUGCCUGUCGGGGGCCUGGUCUCUUUGUGCCAAUUACCACACCCACACCAGCCCCAGGGCUCUGCCCAGCACCCUUGUCUACCUUCCCAUCUCCAGCUGCCCUUCACGUGCUGUCUGCAAACCUUGGCCCCCACUGUACCCCAGCCAGCCUCUAAGAGGGUCAGAACCCCAGACAGCCCCACCCAGCAGCCGGCGGUCCUACAGGUUCCCACCUAGUGACUCCCCUAGGCUCUGAUCUUGAGGGCCCACUGGUCAUGGCCCCCUUCACUGGGACACCCCCCCCUCCUGGGCCCUCUGCUGGGAAGAGUCCCUGCCCCAAGGGCCCCACAGCCUGAAGCCCCUGCUUUGAUAUUCCAGUUCUCCCAAAAUACCAUCCUAAAGGGAUCCAUCCGCACCCUAGAUCUAAACGCAGCCAGACGGUAGUUACGUGUCCUGGGCUCGCCCACCCUGACUGCCUGCACCCAGAGCUCCCAGCACCUGAGGCCACAGGGCUGGGGGACCCCAGAUAUAGUGUGGGAGGACAGAGGGUUUUCCUCCCUGCAAGGAGAUGUGUAACAGGUAGGGGGCUGGACUUGCCCCUCCUCCUGGCCCAGGUGGGGAAGGCUGGCUUCUCGGGUAUAUCCUGCUCUGGUCUGUCCUGUCCAUCUGUCUGUCCACUCACUGAACCGCACUGGCCAUUAAAGAUGACGGCCUUGGGGCCGCCCCA